UCGGAUUUAAAUGAUAUGAUAAGGUAUUUGUAUAAACAGAAUGAGAAGGGGUAUUAGACAAAUGGGCUUCAGCCGGGUGUGGAUGUUAAGCAGGUAAUUGAUUUGAACCCGAAGGUGGAGACUUGGAAUUGGAACGGGUUGAAUUCGGGGUUAAACGGAUUGGAUCUUAAGUUGGAUACAUUGCAUUUGGGUGGAAAUGGUGAUGCUUCGGUUAAAAAAGAGAAGAAUUUUAGUUCAAAUGGCUAUGCAUUAAGGAUGGAAAGUAAAGCAGUGAAUUUGGGGUCAAGUGGGUUGAAUUUGGAUUCAAAUGGAUCGGGUUUGGGUCAGACGGAUUAUGUUUUGGAUGCAAAUGUGAAGAAUUCUGAUUUGGUUGAUGAGGAGGACGAUGAUGGUUGGGAAUUCAAAGCUGCAGAACCAAAAGCAGAAACUGCAGUUGAAAUUUUGAAGAAUAAUUCAAAAUGUGCCAGUCUCUAAUUUCAAUAUGUCCCCUUUGAGUUGGGAUCCGUUGGGUUCAAAUGUCAGUGUGCCGAAUUCAAAUAUACAUGGGACAACCACGAAUGCAAGUAGUUUGAACUCUAAUGUAGUUGAUGACAAUGACGAGUUUAGUGAUGAUGAUGGAUGGGAAUUCAAGGCUGCAGAGCCUGAGACACACUUUGGUAGUGGUGAUACUAAGGUUAAAGACCAUGAACAGGAGAAUCCUAAGGGAGCCGAAUUCAGCUUUGGGUUUGGAAGUAGUGUGAAUGGUUCUAGUGAGUUUUUUGGCACAUCAGAUGGAAUGUGUAAUAAACCUGGUAAAACUCUCGGUUCUGAUGACUUGUCUUGGGCUUUUAAGGAUGCAACUUCUGGAAAUGGAUUGCAGACUAAGGAAGAGCCAAAGGUUGCCGAUGCUUCCUCUUCCGGGGUAGAAGAUAUUUCAUUUGGCAAUCAUAUCCGGGGGAACGAGGAUACUUCAAAGAAUCCCAAAGGAGCAUUGCCCCUGUCCAUCUUUGGUGAUGCAGAAAUUGAAACUGAGAAUACAUUGAGAUAUGAAGACGUUUCCAUUAAACAUAACACUUCUAGGACUGGAAUUAAGGAUACGCGUCCAAAUGUAUCUAUCAAUGAUUUUAUAUCAAGUUUAUAUAGUCAAACUGAGAUAAAGGCUUCUUUAAAUCAGAUAAGCAAUUCAAGGGAAAAUGGACUUCUUUCCUCUCAGAUAGUCGUGGGUUCCGACUUGGCAAAUGGUGAUGAUAAUUUUGAUGAUGAAUCAUGGGAAUUUAAAGAUGCUGUUUCAGGAAUCAGAGGAGAAAACCAAAAUUCUUCACUUGGUUUUGGAGAUACAUAUGAAAAAUACUCUACUAAAACGGACCUAAAUGAUUAUGUAGGCUUGUAUUCUAAAUUGACAGCUGAAUUGUGCUUUGUUGCACUUAGGCAUCUCGACAAGUUGAAGAAAGAUAAAAGUAUUGAUGCUCCUUCCGGUGAAGAUUCUGAAGUAAAAGCUAUUGAGAAGGAAAUUCAGGAUCUAUAUAAUGAACUGCACAAGAAUGGCAUAAUAUCUGAAGAAGUGGCAUUGGAGAAUCUCCAGUCAAGAAGUAUUCACCUUGGUGAAUAUGCCAAGGUUCUACUGGAAAAACUGUUUUUACCACUGGAAUCAGAAUAUCAGUUAUCAGAGAAAUUAUCACUGGCAGAGAAGGAUAUGGUAUCAGCAGUUGAGCUGAUGAGACAUGCUGCAUCAACAUUAAAGAUUCUAAAAUUGGGGUCGUUUGAGGAUCAAACUAAUUAUGUAUCUACGUGGUCAAGGAUUUUGUCUGUUUGUGAACUAGAGCUGAAACAUGGUGCUAUGAUUUGGAAGCAGUCAUUACAACAAAACAUCCACAAUGAAUUAUUGUCUAAACCUCAAGGCAGACAGUACAUUCUAGCACUUGGAGAAAUUUUCAGAGUUGUCAGAAUCGUCAGAUCUUUGUCCACCAAACUCUACAAGCCUUGGAUAUUGUUCUGUUCUGACAAUCACACUAACUUCCUCUCCCUUGUGCGGGAGUGUUCUACUGUGUGGUCAAGCUCAGGACUUGAAGAAGCCCUUCAAAGCCUUACUGUUUCAACUGAUUUGAAAUGUGAUGUUGAAGCUUUAUUUGGUUCCAUUCGGAGUAUUCAUGAUCCUGAUGCACAUGAACUCUAUAAACAAGUUUUCUCCGGACAAGAACCGACAUGCUGCCUAUCAGGUUUAACUGCUUCAGCAGUGCCAGGCAUGAAAAUGGUGCUUUGGGAUGGACAGCAUUAUUUUGUAACCAUUGUCAACUUGUGGGCAAAUUUAAUGAGUCGUGAUCCACCGAAUAUGCCACAUAUACAUGCUAAAAAAUGUUGAUGGCAUGAGAAGAAAAAGGUACAUUUUCCGAAUGUUUCACGGCACGGCAUAGAUCGCUCUGAAUCAAUUUUCUGUCCAGGCUGAGGCUUAUGGAUUCUAAGCAGGGUUACUCCCGUAGAAGGGUUUUCCCCUAGAAAGAAAGGAGUAGAAUUCGAGUUUUCCAGAAUCUGAUCUAUUACUAGGUGCUUAAUUCGAUCAGGUCGAAUAUCUAUUCAAUGUUAUAUUUAGAUUGGUCGGUAUUCUUUUUUGAGAGAGCUGUUAUAUAGCAAUUUGAUGUAGAAAUCAUGUUCCAGUUUUUGUGAUUUGGUUGUAUUC